UACAUCACAAUGUCUGCCAGGUGCCCGGCUCAUGUCAUCACCACCGGGCAGCCACCCGUCCCAGCAGUGGAGGCCAGAGGGGGGCGCAUGGCCAGCUCCCAGCCCACCUAAGCCGCUGAACGCCCUUUCCCCAUGGCGUCACUGGCAGGCGCAGGCUCCUUGCCUCCGGGGGUGGCCGUGACCAGCUGCUACGAGCAGCUGAGAAGGGAGAUCCAGGCACUGAUCACGGAGAAUGAGGAGCUCAGGAAGCUGGUGGACUUGAUCAAAGAGAACCAGGAGCUGAAAAACGUCCUGCGGAACCAGGCACUGAGCAGCGAUACACCGCUGUCCUCGCUCACCUCCACCAGGUCCACCGAGCGAGGGCAAAGUAGUAUCCUCAGCCCAGGUCAGGGGGGCUUGGGGACGGCACCAUGGCGGGGGCUAGGCAGCUGGGGCCCCGCAUCCGGGUCCCCAAUCUAUCGCCAGAGCAACUCCCUGUUAUGGGACGACACCAUAGAGGAGGGGCCGGUAGCCAGCAACCUGUUUGGCUCAGGCUCCAGAUCGUCCUCCCGGGCCAGCAAGACGUCCCUGUCAAAGCACUCCAGCCAGAUCUCCGAGGGCCAGAUGUCCGAGGCCAGGGCCCGAACCCCCGAGUCCUCCUACCGGAGCUCCACCGACUCCAGCAAAAAGUACAUGCACACCCGGCUGCCCUCCAGCGUCAACUUCAAAGCCUCCACAGACAGCGUCCCCCACAACAUCUCGCCAUGGGACUCCAACCUCAGCGACACGGUCUUCACCGACGACAUGCCCUUGCUCCCGCAGAGUGCCUCCUCCCCAACCAGCAGGGCCGCCCCCGUCAGCUUCCAUCUGCCCCCAACCCCAGUGGACCCCCAGCGCCCGCCGGACGUCAGGCCCAAGGAGAUGACGCGCAAGGUCUUCCGAGCCACUGAUAGGCCCCAGACACAGGGGGCCACGUCCAAGGCCAGCGUGGGCAAAGAUCACAGCCAGCUGACCUGGGAGCGCAUCGUGGGAGAAAUCGCCUUUCAGCUGGAUCGCAGGAUCCUCUCCAGCAUCUUCCCCGAGCGCGUGCGGCUCUACGGCUUCACCGUCAACAACAUCCCUGAGAAGAUCAUCCAGGCUUCCACCAACACCGUCUCCAACCAGGUGGACGAGCAGCAGUGCACAGCGAUGACGCGGCGCUACCUGGAAAUCAUGAACCGCCUGAAGACGGUGGGGUACGACGCCCGCAUGCAUCCCAGUUUCACCGAGUACAUCGUGAACACCUAUGGCAUUCUGCGGGAGCGGCCAGAGCUGGCCGCCUCAGAGAGCGGCUCCUACAACAACGUGGACUUCCUGCGCAGGGUGGUGACGGAGACGGUGCCCGACCCCAUCCGGAGCAACACCCUCAUACUGCUCGAGUGCCUUGCCCAGCUGGCCAAGGACGAUGGCAAGCCCAUGUUCAUCUGGUGAGCCGAGGCUGGCCUGCCCGUGUGCCGCAGCAAGCCCAUUAAACAUUCAGCAAAAGGCCUGAUGCCCCAGAGCUUCAUUUGAGACCAACACAGCACAAGAGCCAAUGACCUUUAUACCACCGCUCUCCGACCCUCGUCUCCUGGCCGUGCCCAAGACCAGCCCUCUGUGGCCGCAGGCCGGGCAGGGCCAGCCCCAGCUACCAUGUCCGCCCAGCAUGCCUUCCCAGAGGCACCCUGUACCCCAAGGGCACCGGCUAGUCUGAAAGACACAGCCACACACGACUCUUGCAGAUUGCCAUUUGAACACACAUACACAUUCACCCGCCCUCCCCAGGGCAUGCUGCUGUGGAGGGCAGUUUUAUUCUGGUGUGCCCACUGCCCCAUUUCUCCCCUGUGGCCAGUGCAGGCCCUGGUCAGCCUGCAGUUCUUGUGCAAACUGCUGCCCCUGCAGAGGAGCUGGGAGCUGCUCCCCGGUUGCCUCUUCCCGUUGGCCAGUGUGUGAUUGUUUAGCUGCGGUGCAGGCAUGUGACCCAUUCCGGUUUAGCCAAGACGUGCGGGGUGAAUCUCCACCACCUGUGCAGUGUCAGGGCUCUUGUCUGUGCCCGCUGUGGGAUGUUGUCUCAAAGCUACCGGCUGCGCUUCCCUCGGCAGGCCAGCAAUUGACACACCCCACCUUGCUACACUGAGUGCCCAGUGCAGAUGCCUCAGGGUCCUUUCGAUCCUCUGCAAUGGGCCUGGAGGGUUACUUGUCCAAGAUGGAGUCCAGGGUCACAUGAGCAGAUCACUUGCCCCCACCUUUUUCUGAAUCACAGGGGGUGGCCGUUGGCUCCUUGCUGUCUGAGGAAGCCCUGCUGGGUGGGAUGAGUUUCUUCAACGGCCGUGGUGAGAGUGGAGUAUCCUUAAUGGGCCAGCAACACACAGCUGGCUAGCCCUGGUGUCAACCCACCUGGGGGUGUCACCCAGGCCUACAACACAGGUCUGAGAUGCAGAUACAUCACCAAUAUGCAAAACUGCCGGUAUAAUGAUGGUACAUGGAUUUAACGAGGAUAAUCAUACUUGACAGAUUGUAACUGUUCUACUGAUACCAUACACGACACACUGUGUACAAGAUUUAAUGCCCCUAGAAACAAUGGUGCCUGUGUUACUGUAACUAGUCAGUUGUAAACAGCAUCACCCAGGCUUUGGUCUCUUUUCAUGAGCAGGGAGUUUCAUCAAGUUGAGCUCAGUCCAAAUGGGCCCAUUCCAAGUUCUUCCUUGGGCUCCGUUUCUCUCUGGC